UCAAGCGAGCGUUGGACACCAACCUUUCUCCUAAGCAAGGUUUAGUUGCUAUUUUAAAAAAAAAAAUUAAAACACUUUCCCCAAGCCCUUCCAAGUUCCAACCCACCCAUCUUACCAAGGGUAUAAGAAAUGGGAUAGAACGAAUUCGUGAAUUUAGGUUUGUGGCGCUCUCUUUAGAUUUCACACUUCAAAUUUGGGAGGGAAAAUCAUUCUUAACCCCCUAUCGAUUAUACUUUCAAUCUUUGAUAUCACACGGAGUUGAAUAAACCUUGUAUUCUUUGUGGGAAAGGAGGAUAGGCACUGCAUUUACUCGGAAGUAAUUCUCCUGGAAUUUCUCUCUCUACAAGGCAAAUCGGAAUGUUGAAAAAGAUGGCUCAAACAGCUGCGUCGCAAAGUUUGCGAGAUGGUGAGAAGCGGGGGAGAAAUCAAGAUGCUAAAGCAGAGCAGCUUGCUCAGACAAAAUCGAUUUCCGGCCCAAUUUCAGGUUCUGGCUUGAUUAAAGGGUUGAAAGAACUUGCAGUGGAUCCUACCAACACUCAGGCAUCAGUGGGUUCUGUUCAAAAAUUGAAGAAUCAGACUCUUAAGCUGCGGAAGGUUCUGUAUGUCGACUGGAAAAGCCCUCGACAACGAAAACGGACACGAGACCAAGUCAUGAGAGGAGAUAACUUGAGAGCUGCUUCGGGAUUGGGGAAAGAGGAACCUGAUGGUCCAAAUGCCAAGAGAUUGGGUUGUGGGAAGCUCUCAUCUGGUUCGUGUCUAUCCAAUUCAGCUGACACCAGAAGAUUUCAUAGCAAGCAAACUUUCGAGAAAUCAUGCCGUUCAGACAGUUUGUUGUCAUCUGAGGAUAGUAAUAAAGGGAAGCGGUUAUACUCCAAUUUCACCUCUCUAGAUGAUGCAGCAUGCUGGCAUCCGUCCAACAGGAAUGCAUCCCUUUUGCUUGGGCUGGACAAAUCAGUCGACGGUUUUAAACCAUCGAAUCCAGCGAACCUGAUUUUCUGGGAUGCAUCCUCGGUGGAUUCCAGUGACAUGGUUCAAAGUCCAGACUCAUUGAGUUCUGAAAUUAAAUGUGGACGAACAUUCAAGUCACUGGUCACCAAGGGUAAGCAGCCUAAAAGAUCAGUGAUUCCUGUUGGGCCAAGAUUUCAGGCUGAUAUUCCAGAGUGGAAAGGCCCUGUCGAUCAAGCACUUUUUAAUGGAAAGGAUGGUGAUUCAAAAAGGUGGUUAGGCAAACGAAUAUGGCCAAUGGAUGGCACAAGUAAAGAAACCAAUUGUGAGGCAAUUGGCAAAGGGAGACCCGACUCCUGCUCCUGUGCCGCUCCCGGAUCUACUCAAUGCAUCAAACACCACACCCAUGAAGCACGACACAAUCUACGAUCUGAACUUGGUCUUGCAUUCUCAAUUUGGAAAUUUGAUGAGAUGGGAGAAGUUGUCUCAAAGACAUGGGCAUCGAAAGAACGCUUCAGGUUUGAAUCUCUAGUUAAAAAAUACCCAUUAAAGAAUGUAGAUGACUUUUGGGAGUUUGCCUUGGAGUAUUUCCCGUCCAAGCGUCUAAGGAACAUUUUGAGUUAUUAUUACAAUGUGUAUAUACCUAGACGUUUGAGCACGUUGACAAGAUCUACCCUUGAUUAUGUUGAGAGUGAUGAGGAUGUUAAUGAUGGUGAAGACGAGGACCAAGUUGACGAUGAUGUGGUAGCGUAAAAUGUUUUCGACAAUGAUAGGAUUAGGCGCUUCAUUGUGUUGUAAUCUGGUUUUUGUUUUUCAUUGUCACGUAUGUAUCUUGUUUCCUUGGUUUGUUCUACUUAUUCAUCAUUUUAAGUGAACUAUUAAGUUUUACUUAUCUUACUUUUUUUCUACCUAUAUUUUGAGUAGCUAAUCUUAAUUUUGUUUGC